AUUACUGGAUGUUUCCGACCUAUUUGGUCGGUAGUUGUAGGCCAAGAUGGAAAUGUGGAAACGGAUGCAUGGGAAGUGCCCUUUGAAGAUCUUGGUGACUUAAAAUGGUUAGGCUCAGGUUCUCAGGGAGCAGUUUUCCGUGGAGCACUACAUGGUCAAAAUGUGGCAGUCAAGAAAGUGCGUGAUGAAAAAGAUAUCGAUAUCAAACCUUUACGCAAAUUACAGCAUCCCAAUAUUAUUCGCUUUCUGGGCGUGUGCGUAACAGCACCUUGCUAUUGUAUCAUUAUGGAAUAUUGCUCCAAUGGUGCUCUUUACGAUCUUAUCCACCAAAGGAAACGAGAAUUAGUCCCGACCUUGAUUAUCAAAUGGGCUAAAGAAUUGGCCAGUGGAAUGAAUUAUUUACAUAGUCAUAAAAUUAUACAUCGCGACUUGAAAUCGCCCAACGUGCUCUUAAGUAACGAAGACACGUUAAAGCUCUCAGAUUUUGGUACUUUUACACUCUUGGGAGAAAAUAGUACAAAGAUGACCUUUGCUGGUACUGUAGCAUGGAUGGCGCCAGAAGUUAUUCGUAGUGAACCUUGCUCAGAAAAAGUCGAUGUAUGGUCAUUCGGAGUGGUAUUAUGGGAACUCGUUACCGGUGAAAUCCCGUAUAAGGACGUACCAUCGGCUACAAUUAUGUAUGGUGUUGGAACUAAUAGUUUGCAGUUACCAAUACCAUCCACCUGUCCAGAUGGUUUAAAGCUAUUGAUGAAAGUCUGCUGGAAUGGUAAACCUAGAAAUCGACCUUCCUUCCAGCAGAUUUUAUCUCACUUAGAAGUUGCUUCUGUAGAAUUUUUAUCCGUUACUGACGAAUCACAUCAACAAAAUUUGAGUCGAUGGCGAGAAGAAAUUAAGCAGACCUUUGAGAAAAUAAAAAGUCGUGGACAUAAAUUGCAAGAAUUAGAUGAAGAAUUACUUAGAAAACGCCGCGAAGAAUUAAGUCAUGCUGAAGACGUUCGAAAAUUGUAUGAAGAAAGAUUAAGUAAGGCUAACGAUUUGUAUGAUCAGUUAAGCCUUUACAUGACUCGACUUGAUAGUAAGGCGAACGAGGUC